GGGGGGGGGGGGGUCGGGGGGGCUGAGAAUCUCUACAAUGAAAUCCAUCACCGGGCCACCGAGUCUUUGUGCUCUGCCGUAGCGGGGCGACCCGCGCCGCCGCGUUACCGUCCCGACCCGCUCAGAGAUGGGACCGCGAAUUCGUCAAGUGAUUCGUGCGUGAACGUUUCGUUUCGAUGACGCGCGGAGGUUCGACUCCUUACGACUCGAUUUAAUCCGCGAUGCGCGAGUACAAGGUGGUGGUCCUGGGCAGCGGUGGGGUCGGGAAAUCCGCCCUCACCGUGCAGUUCGUCACCGGGACUUUCAUCGAGAAGUACGACCCCACCAUAGAGGAUUUCUACCGCAAGGAGAUCGAGGUGGACUCCUCGCCCUCCGUGCUGGAGAUCCUCGACACCGCCGGUACCGAGCAGUUCGCCUCCAUGCGGGACCUUUACAUCAAAAACGGCCAAGGAUUCAUCCUGGUCUACAGCCUGGUCAACCAGCAGAGCUUCCAGGACAUCAAGCCCAUGAGGGAUCAGAUCAUCAGAGUGAAAAGGUACGAGAAGGUCCCCGUCAUCCUGGUGGGGAACAAGGUGGACUUGGAAAGCGAGAGGGAGGUGUCGUCCAGCGAGGGGCAGGCCCUGGCCGAGGAGUGGGGGUGCCCCUUCAUGGAGACCUCGGCCAAGAGCAAAACCAUGGUGGACGAACUGUUCGCCGAGAUCGUCCGGCAGAUGGACUACGCCGCCCAGCCGGACAAGGACGACCCUUGCUGCUCCUCUUGCAAUAUACAAUAGCGCCGGGGGGGGGGGGGGGGGGGGUUUGAACUCCUGCGGAGCGUCAAAUCUGCGGCGACAGGUUUGUUGAUAAAAGAGACAAAUGUGAGCGACGGAUACACGUGGAAUGCCAGGAAUCUGCCUGCAGGAGAAAUUGACAAAUGAAAAAAAAAAAAAAAAAAAAGGACCGUGCCCUCGCCUUAUGUUACUCUCUCUGUUGUUUGGGUUUGUCUUUGUCCUUUUGAGUCGGGG